AUGGCAGAUGUCUCGACAGGGAGCGAUGCCUGGUACCAAGGCUAUUUCCAGACUCUAUUCUCUCAGCGGCAAGCCAUGCAUUAUUUCGCCGUGAUAUUAUCCGAUGCGAUUCCCCGGGAAGAAUCCACAUAUAUAUCUCCACACGCCAACGCUCCACACAAUGAAGAGUCUGCUCUACCUGCUCCCCUACCAGCUGCCUGGGGCCGAAACAACAGUCUUAAUCUUACCGCUCGUGGUCCUAAAGGCCGAGAUGUAGCGUCGAUGCGCGGAGGCUGA